AUGCCUUCAGAGAUACCCUUGUACGAUAUUGUAAUCAUUGGUGCUGGUCCAGUGGGUUUAUUGCUUUCAGUAUCACUCUCACGAUGGGGUUAUAAAGUCAGACAUAUCGACAACCGACCUGUUCCAACAGCGACCGGACGGGCCGAUGGCAUUCAACCGCGGUCGCUGGAGAUUCUCCAAAACAUGGGCCUGAAACGAAAGAUCAUGGCCCAUGAUCCCGCGCGAGUCUUUGAGGUGGCAUUCUGGGAUCCUGCACCUGGUGGAAAGAUUGUGAGAACGGGUACUUGGGCCAGCUGUCCAGAAUUCCUGGACGCCCGAUAUCCCUUCACGGCCCUCCUUCACCAGGGAUUAAUUGAGCGAGUCCUCAUUGAAGAUCUCGAGAAGAACGGUACCAAGGUCCAGAGGCCCUGGACCAUCACCCGGUUUGAGACCAAUCACAAGAACCCGGAAUAUCCUGUCGAGGUGGACCUGAAGAACCUCGACAGCAACGUUACCGACACCGUUCGAGCGAAAUAUCUCUUCAGCGGUGAAGGUGCCAGGAGUUUUGUUCGCGAACAGCUGGGUGUUCAAAUCCGACACAAGGAUCCCAUCUCCCACGUUUGGGGAGUGAUGGAUGGUGUUGUCCGCACCAACUUCCCGGACAUCAAGAUGAAGUGCACGAUUCACUCAGAUCAUGGUAGUAUCAUGGUUAUUCCCCGCGAAAACAACAUGGUCAGACUCUAUAUCCAGAUCGCCAGCUCCACAGACCCGGACUUCUCACCUCGGAAGACAGCGACUGUGGAACAAGUGCAGUCUGCUGCCAAACGCAUCUUCGCGCCUUACUACUGCAACUGGGACCGCGUGGAAUGGUACUCGGUCUACCCGAUCGGUCAGGGAAUCGCCGACAAAUAUACUCUGGACCACCGCGUCUUCAUGGGCGGCGACGUGUGUCACACCCACUCGCCCAAAGCCGGACAGGGCAUGAACACAGCCUUCCACGACGCCAUCAACUUUGCAUGGAAAGUGCACCUAGUCGAGUCCGGCUUCGCCUCGCGAGACAUCCUGUCCACAUAUGAAGUCGAGCGGCGCUUCAUUGCCGAAACGCUCCUGAACUUUGACAACAAAUACGCCGCGCUCUUCUCGACACGGCAGCCCACCGCUUCGGAAGUGGACGACGCACACAAGCACGAUGAUGGAACGGAACACAAGAACGAAUUCGUGGAAAUGUUCAAAGCCAACUGCGAGUUCACCUCCGGGUUCGGCGUUGCCUACAACCCAAACAUCUUCAACCACUCUAUCGAACAUCCCUUCCAGCAUCCCCUCAUCAUCACGGACAGCCAAAAGUUGCGGCCUGGCCGGAUAAUGCCGCCCUCAAACGUUACGCGAGUUGUCGACGCCAACGUCGUGCAUCUCGAGAACGAAAUCCCCUUCAACGGAUCCUUCCGCCUGUUCAUCUACGCGGGUCUAUCCCAGUCGCCCAAAAAGGGAGCACACAAAGCACUGGCUGACUUUGCCGAGAACCUCACCGCAAAGGACUCAUUCUACUCCAGAUUCGGAUGCGAGGAUCGGCAACGCGACAACCACCACGACAUGGACAACCCGCACUCGCGAUUCUUCUCCCUCGCGCUGGUCCUCGCCGCCAAGAGACCCGAGAUCGAGAUCUCCGACCUCCCCGCCUUGUUCCGAGACUACUCUGCCCGGGUCUACGCGGAUGACCGCAAGGACAUCAAGGUUCUGGAUGCGCCGGCCUCUGCCCAUGCCAAAGUCGGGUUGACCGGUGAGGACGGUGCCGUUGUGGUCGUGCGGCCCGAUGGACACGUCGGCAUUGCCGUGCGCUUGACCGAGGGUAAAGAGACGGUCGAGGCGCUGGAGGGAUACUUCAAGGGCUUCACCGUUAGGACUGGGCUGGGCGGUGGCGCCGAACGGGUGAGAUCGCAGCUGUAA